AUGAAAAUUCUAAAGCUUUUAAAUUAUUUUUUAUCACUAGUUCUUCUGUCUUCAUUGCAGCAAGUACCUAUCUUUGCUUACCCUAAGCACUACAUUAUCUACUUAGGAUCUCACCAUGCGGAACCUCGUUUAUCAUCUAGUUCUGAAAUUAUUACAAACUCGCACCAUGAAUUGAUUUCCUCAGUAUUAAGGAGGAACAGUGAUUCUAAUCCUUCCGAAAGGAUGAUAUAUUCUUAUAACAAGAUUUUUAAUGGCUUCGCUGCAACUUUAAAUGAAGAGGAGGCCAAUGAACUUGCAAAACAUCCUAAUGUUGCAUCGAUUUUCGAAAAUAGAAAUCUUAAGAUGGCAACAACUCAAUCACUGGAUUUCUUGGGAUUACAUUAUCCGCCAAAAGAGGCACCAGAAUCCAAAGAUUCGAUAUGGGAGAAAGCAAACUACGGAGAUGGCAUGAUCAUAGCAAAUAUUGAUAGUGGUGUUUGGCCGGAAAGUGAGAGCUUUUCUGACAAAAGCUUUGGCCCUAUUCCCAAAAAGUUUAAAGGAGCGUGUGCAAAUGAGCAUGAUCCAGCAUUCAAAUGCAAUAAGAAGUUGAUAGGAGGGAGAUACUUUUACAAAGGUGUUAUGAUACAAGCUAAGUCAAUGAACGUGAGCUUUAAUGAUACGUUGAGCCCUAGAGAUGAUAUCAAUGGUCAUGGCACUCAUACACUAUCAACAGCUGGAGGUAAUUUUGUCCCUGGAGUUAGCUGUCAUGGACUAGCAAAUGGGACUGCAAAAGGAACGGCACCAAAAUCACGUGUGGCAGCCUAUAAAAUAAUAUGGAAAUCUCUAGUCCCUGAUGAAAAAGCUAUCACUAGUGAAAUGGAUAUGUUGGCUGCUUUUGAAGCUGCUAUGGAUGAUGGCGUAGAUAUCAUUAAUUUGUCCAUGGGACCAAAUGAAUUUGUGGAAUAUACAAAGGAUGCUGUUGCAAUUAGUACUUUUCAUGCUAUGAAGAAUGAUAUUCUCGUAGUCGCUUCUGCAUCAAAUACUGGACCAUCACCACAAACAGUUGAAAACACAGCCCCAUGGGUGUUAACUGUUGCUGCAUCAACUGUAGACAGAGAGAUUUCUUCCUACAUCAUUUUGGGAAACCAUCUAAAGAUCAAGGGUAAACGAUUUGUUGAACCUUUAGGCCCGAUCGAUGAUAAAUUCUACCCAUUAAUCAAUGGUGCAGAAGCUCAUCUUCCUAACGCUAAUAUCACUGAUGCUUUAUGGUGUGGAAGUUCAGCUCUGGAUCCCGCCAAGGUCAAAGGAAAGAUUUUAGUGUGUCGUUAUACAUUAUUCAUUACAGAGUCCGCAAUGGAUACUAUUGAUAGCGUGUAUGCUAGACAACUUGGCGCUGCCGGUCUAAUCUUAGCAAGUGACGAGAAGCUAGGAUCACGCAUUUUACAGGGCCAAGUUCAUCUUCUCCCAACUGUUAUUAUUAAUUACAAGGAUAGCGAAACUCUUUUUGGCUAUAUCAACUCCACAAGGAAUCCUACUGCGUCAUUCACUACAACAAAUACUUCAUUGGGAACAAAGCCUGCUCCGAUCAUGGGUUGUUUCUCAUCUAGGGGUCCAAGCAAACUUAGUCCUGGAAUUUUAAAGCCUGAUAUUACAGCUCCUGGGGUAGAUAUUCUCGCAGCCUUUCCUCCUAAUAAAUAUAAAACUCCAUACUUUAUGACAAGCGGAACAUCCAUGGCAGCUCCUCAUGUAGCAGGUAUUGCAGCUCUUAUUAAAAAAAUUCAUCCUGAUUGGACAACUGCAGCCAUCAAAUCCGCAAUUAUGACAACUGCAAGUCCCCUAGACAACACUGGGAUGCCAAUACGUGACUGUGAUAACGCGAGUGCUGCCACACCUUUUGCAUAUGGGACGGGCCAUGUGAGACCCAACCUUGCAAUGGAUCCCGGAUUGAUUUAUAACCUCAAUCAAUAUGAUUACCUUAAUUUCCUUUGCACAUUCCCUCAUAACAAUACAAUCUUGGAAAAGUUCAGUAAACAACAUUCUUAUAAAUGUCCAAGCUCCUUCAAUAUCUUGGAUUUUAAUUAUCCCUCCAUAUCUAUUCCUAACUUUACCGGCAAAGCAAUUGUUACUCGAGAGUUGACAAAUGUUGGACAGCCAGGCACAUACAUUCCACGCAUCGAAGCACCCACUGGGGUUUCAAUUGUUGUGGAGCCUAAGACUUUGGUGUUCUCUAAAAAGGAUGAACAAAUCAAGUUCAAACUUAUUUUUACAGCUGAUAUUAAUCAUCUUCCCAGUGAUUACAUAUUUGGAAGUUUGGUUUGGUCUGAUGCUAAACAUGUUGUCAGAACCCCUAUUGUAGUCAAGGCCCAAAAAGCCCAAGUUAAUAACCAUGUGUAA